AUGGUCAACGUCUUCUCCCGCCUAACCCGGCGCGCAACCAGCUCCGGGAGCGCUACAGCAGACGCCGCCAGCAUAAAAACACCCCUAAUUCACGGAAACUCACUAAACCGCACAUCAAGCGCCAGCUCAGUAAAACGACUCCGCCGAGCACCAGCAGACGAACCCGCACGUCGCCGUCUCCUCUUGAUAUCAGACACAGCGGACUUUGACCCGCAUAUCACGCACCGGUUCCAAGCGGAGGGGUUCGAAGUUACUUUCAUCGGGUUCGUAUGUAGCGGUGAUUCAGAGCGGGAUCGCAAAGCUCUUGAGAAUGCCGUUCACGAGAAGGAGGACGAGUUGGAGGAGGGAGAGAGGUAUGCUAUCGUCGCAUACAGCCGUCCAGCAUACUACCUCCUCGGCUCGCACCACCUAACAACCAGCAACACGAAUCCAUUCCCGCGCCUCUGUGCGCUGAUCGCAUAUUACCCGCUCACAUCCACGGACCAAUGGACUCGAGACUACCACGCCGGUGGUGACCAAGGUCCAGCGUGCUGUAACACGGACUCUAUCUUCGAGCCUGCUCUGAACACGAAUUACCUUCCGAUCCAGAUCCAUUUAUCAGGCCACGAGGCGAAACACAGUACAUUCUGGCCGUGGAUUGGGGUUCCGAGCGAGGGAGAUACGACGUAUAAGAAAAGACACCAGUGCUAUGUGUAUACGUAUCCGGAGUCCAAAGCCGGGUUUGCGGAGUGGAGUGGGAGUGUUGAGGCGGAUGAUAGGGUUAGUGCGCAGCUGGCGUGGAGCCGAACUAUGGGGUGUCUACGGCGGGCGUUUGGGGUUGGGAGUAACUGGGCGGUUGUGGAUAUUGAGACUGUCUGGGAGGAGUAUUGGAUGCGGGUGAUGGCUGGUUUGGAUAAGAAGGUUGAGAACGGGGCUGCGGUGGAGAUGAUGGUUAGUCGGGGACAGGCUCAUGAGGGGAAUAUGAGGGGGAAAAUGGAUAUGCAUGAGGGGGAGGGCCCUGCUGUGACGUGUGUUCCUACCAAGGCUGGUGGGUCUACUCCCCAGACGUUGAGGUCUUUCUUUGCGGAGACGUUCAUUCCUGCUGGGCCGGCUAGCCAGCAUAUUCGGCUUUUGUCCAGGACUGUGGGUGCGGAUCAGAUUGUUGAUGAGAUGAGGUUCUCUUUUCGGCAUACUGCAGAGGUUCCUUGGCUUUUGCCUGGUGUGGCACCCACGAAUCGCGAUAUUCAGGUUGUCAUUAUUGUAGUGGCUAGUUUCUGUGCCGACAAGAUCGUUAAACAGAGUUUGUACUGGGAUCAGGCUGAUGUGCUUGUACAAGCUGGAUUAUUGGAUCCGAAGCUUGUGCCGAGGACGAAUGUGAUGGGUUAA